AUGGAUAUUGACAUGCUUAAAUCAUCAGCUGGUCAUGAUCUCCAUCACUCUCAUCACCACAUGGACAUGAUGACAAUGAUGAUGCAGCAGAGUCCUGAGUUCUACCAUAACACUCCUCCUCCUACAUUUUCUGAGAUAGAUUUCGCUUGGGGAUCAUCAAUCAGCCCCAAUAACGUUGGAACCAUAGUGCCACAACCCAUGUUUCAUAGCCCAACUUCACCUUCACAGUCACAGCCAACAUUCCCAUCCUCCUCGGCCUCAUUCCUUAGCGGUUCUAAUCCAAUCCAAUCCAGUCCUGUCAAACAUGCCGCGGCUGCUUCUGGUGCACUGUCAAUCCCCGGAACUAGUUCGUACGAAAAGAGAAACUCAGUGGCUGCAAUGAGGGACAUGAUCUUUAGGAUUGCCGCAAUGCAGCCGAUAAAGAUAGACCCCGAAGCAGUGAAGCCACCUAAGAGGAGGAACGUGAAGAUUUCGAAAGAUCCACAAAGCGUGGCAGCGAGGCACAGGAGGGAGAGGAUCAGCGAGAGGAUUAGGAUCCUGCAGAGACUUGUUCCAGGUGGGACUAAGAUGGACACGGCUUCAAUGUUAGACGAGGCUAUACAUUAUGUGAAGUUCUUGAAGAAGCAAGUACAGACGUUGGAAAGAGCUGGAGCCGAUAGACCAGUUGGUGUUGGUUUCAUGGGGCCUCAAUUGGGGAAUGUAAAUUACUCGGUUGGGUCUAUGUAG